AUGAGAUGCGUGGAAUGUAUGAAACCAGACAUUGAAUGCUUGUUUUCGAAGUAUAAAAGUCAAUAUAUUAAAUUAACCAUUUGUUCCAGAUGUCAAAAAGUUUGCGAUAAGUAUAUUGAAUAUGAUAAUGUGAUAUUGUUUAUUGAUAUAUUACUACUUAAACCGCAAGCUUAUAGGCAUUUGGCGUAUAAUUUAACAGAACUUGAGAUGAUCAAGGCUGGAGAGGUAAAUGAGACUGGAAACCAUAGGUAUAAGGAGUUCUUUUACACGUAUCUGAAGAUGAUAAGGAUAAUAGUGAUGGAAACACUUUUUGAAGUUUACUUAACUUGGGCUAACGAAGAGAAGAAGAAAAGUAACGGUGAAAUAUCCCUGCUUACAGAAAUGGUCCUAAAUCAAGACAUAUAUUUACAAUACGUAUUCUUCAUAUGGAAACUGGUGAUUGAGCAGUUGAUUUUGAUGCCGCUGAUUCUAGUCUUUUUAAGAAAGAUCUUCAAAUGGGGCAACAUUGAAAACAAAUAUCUUCCAAAAGAUAGACAAUUUGGCUAUUAUAAUUCCGUCUUAAUGGUAACAGUACUUGUAUCAGGGUCUAUUAAGCUUUUUCCCAUUCUCAUGUUGAUUUGGCCAUACGAUCGAACAUCAGUACCGACUUCAAUCAUUGACGUCAUCAGUUAUAUUAAUGUUAUUGAAGCUAUUAAAGCAGUUACAGAGUAUCCCUAUAAAACGGUAGUGUUUGUUGUGACCUUGUCAGUAAUAAGCCAGAUGAUCUUUUCAAAGAUCGCAAUUAAUGCCAUAGUUGGUUGGUUGACACAACGUAGUAUAAAAGACCUUGUGAUUGAUGAAAUUGCAGAACAAAUCAAAAUAGCAAGAUACAAUGGAGAUCUGUUUUUGAAGUUAAUUUACCUGUCAUAA